AUGGGACACCAUCUCCGCCACGACCUCUGCCUCUUGGAGAGUAUGGACCCAGCUGCAAUUCUGCUGGUGCCUGUUGUGGUGGUGGUAACAGCAGUGGUUAUUUUCCUGCACAGUCUGGUGCUCAAAUUCUUGUCCACAGCAAUGGUACACAACAAGGUGGUCGUGAUAACAGAUGCCUUAACAGGACUGGGAAAGGUGAUCGCAGAGACGCUGGAGUAUUAUGGCUGUGUGGAUGUGCUCAUUCUCAACAGCAGCCUUAAAGUCAAGGCCCCAGUACAGAGCACAUCACUGAAGAUGGACAAGCUAGUUAUGGACAAUAACUACUUUGGCUCUAUCACAGUGGCUAAGGGUUUUCUGCCAUCCAUGAUGUCGAGGAGGACUGGCCAUGUGAUUCUGGUCAACAGCAUCCAGGGCAAGCUGGCUAUGCCUUUCCGUGCCACUUAUGCUGCCUCUAAGCAUGCGGUCCAAGCCUUCUUUGACUGUCUGCGGGCUGAGGUCCAAGAGUAUGGCAUCUCUGUCAGCACUGUCAACCACACCUUCAUCAUCUCCCCUCCACCUGGGGAAAAGACCAAGAAGUCCAUCUGGUCAAUCUUCUCCAAACAGAAGUUUAUGGGCAUCACACCAGCAGAGGCUGCCAGUGAGAUCCUGAAGAUUCUGAACAGCAAGAAGAGAGAGGUGGUCAUGGCUCACUCCCUCCCCAAGAUGGCCAUCUAUGCCAGAUCCCUUUUCCCAAAUGUAUUUUUCGCUGUGAUGGCUGCAGGAGUGAAGAAUGCUGCAGGAGUGAAUAAUAUUGCAGCUUUAGCAGAUUCAGAGGAGCUGUAGUCAACAUAGCAUUGGAUUGGCACUGGAUUCUGGAUACUCACCACAUAGAACUGGGAAUAAGAUGAUGUGUUGGGCCAGCACUUAUGAAUGUCAAAUAUGGAGGACCAGCUGAGACCGGAAUAAAAAGAGAAGAA